AUGCCAAAGGCAUGUCCAGAUGACGUAAUAAUAGAGAAGACUCCCGCCUAUUUUACUGCAAAUCCACAAGUUCCCCAACGAGUAUUUCAAUUUAACCCAAAAAUUAAAUUUAUUCUCAUAGUGCGUUCGCCUGUUACUAGAACUGGUAAAUUAGAAAAUUUUAAUUUAAAAUUAAUUUAA